CUAGUCCCUGGGGGUUUUAUUCCAGUGUUAUGUGCUAUCCGCGGGUGGCGUCCGCAGCUCGCUAGUCAAACUACAGUUCCUAUCGUCCUUGCUGGACACAAGUGGAAAUCCAGACUAUCUGCCAAACUUGGCUGCGCUUUGUAGUUUAAAGGCAGGUGAUUAAUUUAGGAUUGGCUUGUUCUCCAGUUACGAAGCGAGGGCCGCCGUCGCUAGCUUCGUAGGAAGAAAGUGGGGCGUAACGGAUCACUAAAUGACGCUUCCACUUUUGAGAUCAUUCUGCAUUUUUCGCUUCUUCGGAAUCUGGCCCAGGUGUGUCAAAACAGGAAAUUGAACUCCGCUGUGAAUUUUCAAGAUUCGGCUUCUCAAAAGCUUAAUUAUUUGCAAGGUUCCGGCUUCUCAGUGACGUUUGGGGCAAGUUGAAACUGACCGGGCAUGGAGAGGACGCCGCGGACUUGAAGUGGUGCGUGCGACGUCUGCCUGUGCAACCCACUCGGCUGCUUUUGGAGAACCAAGCUGAAGAGUCUGCAGGCUGGGGGGGAUGGCUGAACCGUGGGACCCCGAUGCCAAGCUGGAACAUCUGGUGUGGAACCCGUACGGGACUCCCCUCCGCUCCAUCAAGGGCCUGGAGUUGAAACUCGGCUCUUUGGUGUUCCUCCUGUUGGUGACUCUGCUGUGUGCAUUCAUCCCUCUGUGGAUCUUCCGGAGGCCGGGAUCUGCCCCCAGCAAUGCAAACUUUGGUCGCCAAAGAAAAACUCUAAGUCUGGUGAGCUGUUUUGCUGGUGGCAUCUUCCUGGGGACGUGUCUCCUCGAUUUGGUUCCUAAUUAUCUCGCCAGCAUUAACGAGGCCCUCAACGACUUGCGAAUCACGCUCCAUUUCCCCUUGCAGGAAUUUAUUCUGGCGAUGGGCUUCUUCCUGGUCCUGGUGCUGGAGCAGAUUGUGCUGGCGUACAAGGACCCUUCGGGUUCCCUAGAAGAGACUGAAGCUCUCUUGGGCUCUGCUUCCCAUCGGCCUCCAUCCCCACAGGACCAGGGUUGGGUGGAGGGAUCUUUGCGGUCCCAGCCCCUCACUCGGGACCGCCUGGCCAGUGAGCGCGCCCACGUCCACGUGGACUUCAAUGCCCACUCAGCCAUCCGCUCCGUGGUGCUUCUCCUGGCCCUCUCGCUGCACUCCAUCUUCGAGGGGCUGGCCGUGGGGCUGCAGGAAGAUGGCACCCAAGCCUUGGAGAUCUGCUUAGCUCUUCUCAUCCACAAAGGGGCCAUCGCCUUCAGCCUGAGCCUCAAGCUGCUGCAAGGGAAGCUGCGUCCUCGAGUUGUGGCCAUUUGCCUGGUCAUUUUCUCCAUCAUGUCCCCGUUCGGCAUCGGGCUGGGCGUGGCUCUGACAGAGGUCCCCAUGGCUGCUCUGUCUCGCCUUUCCCGCAGCGUCUUGGAAGGCUUGGCCACGGGAACUUUUAUCUAUAUCACCUUCUUGGAGAUUCUGCCCCACGAACUCGGGUCUUCCGAGCAGCGCAUCCUCAAGGUCAUCAUUCUCCUGGCCGGGUUCGCCCUCGUCACCAGCAUUUUGUUUGUGAAGAUCUGAGCAGGGUGAUGGGUGUGGGGCAAGGGAGGGGGCGGAAACCACUCCCUCCCAAAUGGGGGAACGUCCUCCUCCACCCCUCUGAUUUCUCCUUAUGGAGCUCGCCGAACUUUUGCUCGAGAGCAAACCUGGACACCCGCUUUCCGUUGCCAAAAGCGACUCCCUCGUUCGUGCCGUCUCCCUCCGGCGGGGCCACUAAAUCCCAGCUCCAAAAGCUGGACUCGACUGAUUUCAAGGCCACCCUCUGACCUGCCACUCCAGCCUGGAGCACAGAGCGAGGAUCCCGCAGGAUGGAAGCGCGCUACAUUCCCUCGGAGCUCCAACAUUUUCUGCCAGAUAAUCGGAGAGCUCCGUGGUCGGGUUACGGCUGACCUUGGGUUCAGUUAGUUGAAAAUGGGCACGUUCGGGUUCGUUAAUAAAUAGGGGGGGGGCAGAAUUUUUGGUGCCAACGUCUCCGUUCAGCUUCGGAGUGAGAACCGCCUUGCCUUAACUUUUCCAGUGCCUUAAAUGUUUUUAAAGGGUUUGACCCACGUGAGGAAGGCAGGUGAACAGACAUUUCAUCUGCUGUCCAGAGUCGGGAUCCUUCCGUGUCUUCGAAACGGCAAACCAGCCACGCCAACCAGGGUUAGUCUCUUUCGACGCCUGAGAGCCAAAAGGUGUUUUUGCCACAAGUUCCUGAAUAGGCCAUAGUGGGUAAGCCGGCUUGCUCCGAUUAACCCAUCGUUUCCAAACCAUGUUGGCGAAGUUUUAUCAGGCAAACUCGGCCGCCGCAUGAUAGCUGAGUGUGUCGUGCCGAAACGGAGGACCCGGUUACGCAAAGCCGCCAUUUAACCGUGGAUUGCUGAAUAAAUCACCGAGGGCAGUCCAAGCAAAGCAGAGGGCGUUGCGACCCGAUGUGAUUUAUAGUUGGGCUCCCUUUGUCAUGAGAAUGAGGAAACUAACCAGGUUCUUAGGAAAGCCUCUUGAACUGAGUCAGCGUUAGUCCGGCUGGUUGCACAACUUACCGGGGUUUUAAUAGAGCUGUUUAAUUCAGGAGCCUCUGUUCGCCAGACGUGCCCCUUCCUGCGCUAAAUCCAGGGCUUGGGUUAGCCCCGGGCCGAGAAAAAAGCCCGGAUUUUCUGCGCAAGUGGCGUUCUGAAACUGCAAAACGCGUUUGCAAAAUGCCAGGGAUUUGGGCCAGCGGGAGCGUGGCGGAAGUUUUUCCCCUUAAAAGAAGACCCCGAACGGAGCCUGUCCCGUUUCGCAUGCAAAACCUCUUCAUUCAGCUUCAGAAAAGCCUCCUUUGUUCUGUAUUUCCUGCCGCUUGAAUGGGAGGGCAGGGGGCCAAGCGCCCGCGGGGGCAGUCAUUUUUCAGCAUUUUAUCGGGUGGAAAAAUUCAUCUCCCCCCCCCUUUGCUGUUUUGAGAGAGUUGUUUCUCAAUCAUGGCAACGUGGGUUUUUACUCAACGGCAGGGCACCUCUACCUGGAUGUGCUGCUACGACAGCCUUCUUAAUUUGGAUGCCCUCUUGGACAACAACUUCCAUUGUCCCCAGCCAGCUGAGGAAGAUGGGAGAUAAGAGUCCAAUGCAAUGUGGAGGGUGUUUUUUUUUUCCCUUCAGUCCUGCCGCGUCCCAGUUUGCAGCGGGUGGAACAGCUGCAUGCGCAGAUCAGCGUGUUUGGGUGGUGUAAGUGUGUGUGUGCAAGAAGAAAAGCAGCUUUUUUUGCAGGGGAAAUGUGGAAUAUACGUGUGUGCAAGGUGAACUACUAACAAGCUGGGAAUCGGCUUAGAUUAGAGCGGUCAAAUAAAGCAGCGUCUUUUUUUUACUACA